AUGUUGGUGCUCGCCUGUUUCAACGGGGCUCAUCUCGUUCGACAACUUUUUCGAAAAUCGUUUCGACCCACGGCUAGAGAAGGAGCACCUCUUUGUCGUCGCCGCCAACAUCUUGUUGAAGCUUUUCCUGUACUUGAUUUGCUUGUGAAGACAGAUAUUCUAACGAAUUCUACGGCCCUGGUCUUUGCGCUAUUGACGGCGUAUGUUAACCAGAUUUGCGACAUAUUCGGCGCGGUCAUCAUCUUCGUGUUGAUCAUCUACAAUUGGCUGCCGAUUUUGCUGGUGAAUUCGAACAAAAUCCAGGGCAUCCAGGCUUCUGACUGGAGGGUGGCGGCUGUGAAAGAGGCUCUUGCCGAAGUUGACGGCUGUCAAAUACAGGAUUUUCUGGUGUAUCACGCUGGAGAAGGGUGUGUGGCUGAGGUUCGUUGUGCAAAAACGGGUGCUACAGAUCUUCGAGGAGCCAUUACUGCCAAACUGCAAGAAUUGGACUGGGUUAGGGCUGUUUUUGUGCAGAUCAUCGAUGAGAAAAACGAGAAGCUCACCGCGGACCGCCGAUGUUCCAACACGACGGCAAUCGGUUACAUCGGACGA